AUGCCCCGCAAAGCUGCUGCGACCGCCGCGCCUGCAGACGAUUCCGUGCCCACCGGUACCACUACAGCAGCCGUCGAUGGUGACGCCAAUCCUGCUCGCCGUUCAUCCCGCCUUGCCGGUCGGGACAAGCCAGCGCCCAAGAAAGCUCCCGCGAAGCCGCGGGGGAGGAAACCUAAACCUACCGCAGACAGUGACAACCAAGAGGUUGAAGCUGAAGCUAAACCCAAGUCUGCUAGGGGAAAGAAGCGUACUGUUGCUGAGAAAGCUGCAGAAGAGGGCGCUCAACCAGAGAGCGAAGAGGCCCCCGCUGCCAAAAAGGCUAAACCCGAGUCCAAGGCUGCGUCGAAGCCUGCAUCCAAGGCUACUUCAAAGCCAGCCUCUCCGGCAGCCCCCACAAAACCAGCCUCUAAGGCCACGAAACCUGCGUCUCGAGCAUCCGCCAAACCUCUUUCAACAACUGCCAAGAAACCUGCUUCGAGAGCAGCUUCCAAGAAGCCUGCAUCUAGGGCUGAAGCCCCAACAAAUGAGAACGAGGCCCCAGGCCCCGCUGACAAGACUAUUGUAGAAGAGCCAGAGGAAGAAGCUGCUGCUUCUGCUGAAGCCCCAGUUAUGGAAACCGACAAUAUCAACAUGUUUUUAGGCUUAAUUACCCUGUUCUGUAAUCAUCCAUCAUCAUGGAUGUUUCCCGCUAUAUCCGCCGCAGACAAAUGUAUCUUUUCCCUAUCAUUAUCUGCUAUCACCGAUUUGUAUCCUUGUCUUUCCUCCCCGAAUAUCGAUCUCGUCCCCUCGCCGUAUUGUUCGUAA